UAUUGUUUUGGAAAAUUUUGCAUUAUAACGGACCAAAUAAGUUAGAAAAUAUAAAAUAGAUUACAAUAAAAAGAAUUAUGAAAGAUUAGGGACCAGAAUGGUAAAAGAAUAAAAUAUAAAGCAGUCAUUGAGUUUUGAGUCAUCUUCACAAAGUUACCGAUGUUUCCUGACUCCAUCGUCGAACCUCCCUCUCUCCAUCCUCAUUUUGGCUGUCCCUAUCCGCUCUAUUUCUUUACUUGUUAUAUAUAUACUCUUUCACUCCACCUUUUCCACUCAACCAAUUCUCUCUGAUUCCAGUUUUCUAACACUCAUCUCUUUAAGGUUUUCGCUUCAGUUCAACAAUGGCGUCACCUGAUGAAUCUUCAGCUUUAGACCUCAUCCGUCAACACCUGCUUAUUGAUGAUCUAUCGUUCCUUCAGACAUACUCUGCUCUUUCUGAUAAUGAUUCUAACAAUACCCAUAAAUCUGAUUUCUUUUUCCAUCAAGUUUCAUCCACUAAUUCACCAUCGUCUUCUUCUUCAUCCCCAGUUUUUGAACCUGUUUCUGAUGAACAGUUCGAAUUUAACGUCAUGCCUGAAUCGAUGCUCAGUUUUAAUUCAUGGAAACAAACUGGUAAUGGUAGUGGUAGUAGCUUUAAUGAACGAAAACCAUCUCUCAACAUAUCCAUUCCAUUUCCUCCACCGGUGAUCGAGAAAUCACCGGAACCGACGGUGGCGGUUUUUGAGGAGAAGAAACAUUACAGAGGAGUCCGGCAACGUCCAUGGGGAAAGUUUGCGGCGGAGAUACGCGAUCCGAAUAAGAAAGGAACGAGGGUUUGGCUUGGUACGUUCGACACGGCCGUGGAGGCGGCGAAGGCGUACGACAGGGCGGCGUUUAAGCUUCGUGGCAGCAAGGCUAUAUUAAAUUUCCCGCUAGAAGUCGGAAAUUUAAAUGAAGCGGCGGUGGCGCCGGUGGUGAAAAGUAACGGCCGGAAAAGGGUGGCCCGAGAGGCUGAGGUGGAGGAGAGACAAAGUGGGAAAGAAAUGAAGAAAGAAACGGCGACGGAGACGGCAGAGUCAUCGGGCGUUAAACCGACUGACGCUGCGUGUGGGCCGUUAACGCCGUCAAACUGGACGGCGGUUUGGGAUUGUGGGGAGGGUGAUGGUAACGGAAAAGGAAUAUUCGAAGUGCCUCCGUUAUCACCUUGUCCCACUGUUGGCUUUUCGUCGGGCUGUAUGGUCAUCUAAAGAAGUUUAACGUCGUUUACUAAAUCUGGGAAUUCGAAACGGCGUCAGUACUCUACCGUUUAGUAUUAUCCACACCGCUAUCUGUUUUAGGAAAAGAAAAUGUAGGUGGCGAGUUGUGUAGCGUGUAUAUACAGAGAUUAGAGAAGUAGUUUCCACGUAUUCCUUUUAUUUUUUUAAUCAAAACCAAUAAUUUAUUUUCCACGUCAGCGUUAUUUCCCGUUAAAAAGAAAAAAAAAAACAUUCUUUAUUUA